AUGCAGCGGUUGCUUCGACUGGAUCGCCAAUGCAGACCCCUUCUCCCCCGGCUUGAUCCUGGUGGCGAUACUUUCGAUCUGCUUGGGGGUCAUCAUGCUCAACGUCAUCCAGGAGCCUGCAUCGACAUCAACGAGCUGCUGGACCGAGAUGCCGAGGUGCUCACCGAGGCCUCGGCGGAGGCUCUGCUCUUGCGCCGCGAGAACGCCGCGGAGGUGGCGGCGCUGCUGCACUCCAUCGAGCGACGCAUUGCCAUGUUCGACGACAAGCAGCAGAUCCUGGGGUUCACCAUGACGGCGAGCUUCCGCAACGGCUGGGUGGCCUCUCUGGUGCUCGCCGCCCUCAGCUCCCUGGUGGAGCUCGUGCGCACCAUGCGCAAAGAUGUCGGCUACUGGAUCGCCACCGGUGACCAGCUGAUCAUGAAUGCUACGGUGAAUGCAUGGUCCUUCUGGUCACACAACGAGACGAGCCAGUGA